CUGAUAAAAGAUUGAAUGUUCUACAGUCUUUUAUCGAAGAUCCGCGUAAUUCAAUUCGCAAAGUUGCACAACAACACAACAUCGAUCCUGUCAGUUCAUAAAAUUCUAAAAAAGGAGAAAUUUCAUCCAUAUAAGAUCCAUCUGGCGCAGGAACUAUGUGAAGAUGAUUUUGAUCGUCGCAUUGAAUUUUGUGAAAGUAUGAUGUUAAAUAUCGAUAGAAAUCUUUUAUUUGUAGUCAACAUUAUUUUUUCAGAUGAAGCUACUUUUGAGAUAACCGGGAAUGUAAAUCGACAUUAUUGCAAAUAUUGGAGCGAUGAAAAUCCUCAUUGGAUGUACAAGGCACAUACUCAGAGUCAACAAAAAGUCAACGUAUGGGUUGGACUUUUAAAUGAAACCAUUAUUGGGCCUUUCUUUAUUGAAGCAUUAUGGGGCGCCACCACUACGUUUUACGAGUACGCCAACAUCUGAAUGAAGUUUUUCCGAAUAGGUGGAUAGGAAGAAGGGGGUUACAAUGAAUGGCCAGCACGAUCGCCUGAUCUAAAUCCACUCGACUAUUUUUUAUGGGGAUAUUUAAAGGGAAAAAUUUAUACUACUAAACUUCGAAAUCUUGAUUGAUUUGAAUGAUUUGCGUCAACGAGUAAUAAACGAAUUUAAAAUCAUGCCUCGUGAAUUCUGUAAAAAUGCAGUCUUAAGUUUUAUAAUCGUCUAGCUCAUUGUCAGAUCGUAAGAGCAGAUUGUAAUAUGUAAUAUUCUUUUAGAACUAGC